UGUAUUGUUUUGCAGGUUAGAUUUAUCCAUUGCUUUUAAUACGUAAGAAUAACAGCAACAAAAGAAAAGUGCCACCGAGUUGGGAAACCGCACCUGUACCUUCUAUUGUACAGUAUGCAACGAUCAAGGAGUUAGCCCCGCCCACAGCGUGACGCUUACUGAGUCACCUGCUUUACGUAGCCCAUACAGAUGGAGAGCGUUAUGUGUCGAUGACGUAGGCCCGCCUGUUUGUCGGCUUCCAACAUGGCUGCCCUGGCAACGGCGGCGCCUGCGGGGGUAACUAGGAACCACCAGAACUGGAAGAUGAAAGUUGAUCGGUUUAAGAAAGCUGAAUUUAUAAGAAAAGGGGACAAACUAAAAAACCAACUUCUGAACAUUGAAAAGGAUAAAAACAUCCUUCUCUUCAACAAGAAGAGUGACUUUAGGACAGAAUAUAGCAUACUGGAAGAACUGGAGCAGAAACUGACUAAGAACCGGAAGGCAGAAAAAGCUAAAAUCCAGCAAAAACUGGACAAAAUUCAUAAUAACGUUAAAGGAGUUCAGCGACAGUUAAAAUUUGUGAAGCCAACCCCAGAAUUUGUUGAAAGACUCAGAGAAAUGAUGGAAGAAGUUGAAAUGGCAAUAAACACUUUUAAAGAAGAACAGCGGCAAAUAUAUGAGGAGCUUAUGAGAGAGGAGAAGACAGCUACAAAUGAGGUUAACACCUUGGAGAAAAAAAUUGAGCUGUGGGCACUAAGUACUUCAGCAAGAGGAAGAAUUUUCAAACAAGGAAUACUUCUGGUGGAUAAGGAGACACAAAAUCACCUGCCUUACGAAGUACUAGAGUUUGAAAGUUUCCUUCAACAGACAGGUGGAAGGCAAGGAGGUUGGGAUGAAUAUGAUCAUCAGGUCUUUUUAAAAUUGUGGACAAAGCAUAAAGGAAAACCAUCGUACAUAGAUGAAGUCCUUGAUCAUCUUCCUGACAGAACAAGGAAGGAUAUUCAGCAGCAUGAGAAAUGGCAUCAAGAAUUUCUAAUUUUAGAGGCACAAAAAAAGGAGUCCAUUCAAAAAUGGAAGAUAAAAAAGAAACAAGAAAGAGAGAAAAUUUUAGCCCAAAAGGAGAGACCAGAAAAAGUGCUCACUACAGUUAUACUGCAGCAUGAGAAAGCUCAGAAGGAAAAAGCUGAAGAGAAAAGGAAAAAACGACUGGAAGAGCUUGAUGCAUGGAAAAGACAAAAAGCAAUAGAAUAUGCAAUGAAACAGGCUGCACAGCUACAAGAAGAGGAGGAGAAGAAGAAGAAAAAGCAGAGAGAACAUCAGAGACAGUUUCAGAUAAAGUUGAUGUUGGAAGACUAUACUAGGCAGAAAAAAGAGGAAGAAGAGCGUUUGAGAUUUGAAAAGGAAAAAAGGGAGGAAGCUGAAAGGGAAGAGAAGAAAAGAACUGCUGCAGAAGAAAUUCUUAAGUUCCAAGAGCGAGAUCUGUAUAAAUUCGAGCUUAAGAUUCAAGAAAAACAGGCAAAAGAAGAUGAAAAGAUAGAAAAAGAAAAAAGAUUGUCUAAGUUGAGAGAAAAGGAAAACGGACCUUCUGCUGAAUUUGAUCAUGGCACACCGGUUGAUAGUUGCAAAACAUUGCAAGCUGUUGUUGAAAUUAAUGUAACCCGAGACCCAUGUAGGCUGCACAGGCCAACAAAAGUUUGGGAAGAACGGACAAAAGAAAUUGGACCAGCAGGUUCAGGACCACUUCUGCAUAUUCCACACAGGGCUGUCCCAAGCUGGCGACAAGGACUGUAGUUGGAUUUCUGCUAGAAAAUACAUAAAUGCAUGUAUAAAGUGCCUGGUUAUUUUUAUUAUUAUAGUUUUGUAAGACUUUGUUAUAAGAUAAAGGAUGUUCAUUUUAUACUGAGUAUGAAGUUAUAAAAUUUGCAUUUAUGUCAUGUUAAAUAAAAGAUCAAAUAUGCAUCUUUAUUUGGUUACUGCAAAACGUUCUGGCAAAGUGUAUAAGAAGGCAAUAAGGCAGAUGUAUUUUCUUCACCUUUUCCUGGAAUCUGAAUGUAACAAUUUAGGCAUAUGACUAGAAAUGAAUGCACUGCUUUUCAUAAUAAAGUUCUUUACAUUCUCA